AUUUUUCCUUUAUUUUUAUUUUUUUAAAUCCUUUUUGGUCUUUGUUGCUAUGCAAUCUCCGCUAGCUAUGCAAUCUCCCAUGAUUCUUUGUGCUCUUUUCUUUUCUUGUUUCAUGCACAUUGGAAGCAGUAUGAAUUUUGGUUUCUGAGGUUUUUGUGAUUUUGGGUGAUAGAUCUUAGAGUUUCUUUAUUGAUUCUAUUUUAGGUUUUUAGAAUUGAAUUGGUGAGUAGAGUAUGUUUGAAGUUAUGCGCUGACAUGAAUUGAAGUUCGAAUUCUGUUUGUUCGAUGCUAUGUGAUUUGAAUUUUGCUUCUGAAACUUGUUUUAACUGAUUGAUUAUUUGGAUGUAAUGUGGAAACCCUAUUUACUCCUUCUAUAUCAUGAAUAUACUUGAGUUCUAUCUGUGUUCAUGUUCAAUUCAUGAUUCUACUGCUAUUGGGUUACCAAUUUUGAUGUGGGGUGUUAUUGGAUUUGCUGGCAGCAUUUAAAAGAUCAAUUUCUUUGUAAUUCGAGUUGGUGCAUGUUGUGAGCUAGGUUUGAGUAGUUAAUUCUGCUUUGUAUUGAAAGAAUUGUGAAUUUUGAGGUGGAUAUAUGUGGAUUCUGGGUUUGUGGGAUUUCUGAUUGCAUAUAUUAUUUGAUAUUUUGACAAUUUAUGUAUGUCUAGAUUGCUCACGGUUUUUCCUAUCUGGAGCAUUAGCAAUUUUAAUUCUCAUUUCCUUGUAUUAACCAGGCACUUUCCUAUGCGACCAGCGUUAUUAGAAGGAUCAUACUAGACUCACAAUCUGAAUAUGCUUGAAGGCUUAGCAUUUGUGUGAUGAGAAAAAUAUUAAAAUGGUGACACCGGCUUCAUUGGACUGUGAACUUUGUCUUUGUCCUGAUAAUCUUGGAAAUAAGGAUGGAAAUUCUGACAUGCCAUCAUCCUCACAGGAGCAAGCUGUUCCGCAGAUGCCUGUGAAAAAACCGACAAGACAAUGGGCUGCUUGGACCCGUCAGGAAGAAGAAAGCUUUUUUGCUGCAUUACGUCAAGUUGGCAAGAAUUUUGAGAAAAUCACUUCACGUGUCCAGAGCAAAAACAAGGAUCAGGUCAGGCAUUACUACUAUCGACUUGUCAGGCGCAUGAACAAGUUGCUAGGCCCAGAACUUUGCCUUGACGCCAAAGACUCAAAAGACACUAACACUGCAAUGCUUCGAUGGUGGUCAUUGUUGGAAAGGUACAGCUGUAAAGCUUCUAAGCUUCACCUAAAACCUAGAAGAUUUAAGAUAUUUGUGGAGACUCUGGAGAACCAACUUUUGAGGGACCGGAAAAAGAAUACUAAAAAACGACUAUCUACUGGAGAAAAUAACACUUCUGUACCAAACAUCACAAAUCAGGUCAGAGCAUCUGGGCAUGACAACCGUGCUGUAAAAGUGGUUCUUCUUGACAACCAGAACAUUGAGAAAGUUGGAACUGGAAAGGGGUCUUUGUUUAAGCGGCAUGCCAAUAUAGGAAUGAGCCGUACCAACUGCAAAGGAGACCAAGCUGCUGUGAAGACAGUGAAACAUCGGCGGAAAAAUGGCCUUGCAUCAGUUGCUGCAUAUAAAAGAUGGGAGAAAGCUGCCAUUGCUGGAGUUUCAUUGGUGGCUGAUGCUGCUGAACAAUUGGAACGGGUGGAUACGGAUAAAGAGACUGAAUAUCAGGAAACACCAGGUCACGGUAAUGCUCAACUUGUUGAGGAAAUGGCACGCUCUCUACAAACAUCUGCACGAAGCACGCUCAAUGAAGACAACAGUCAGAACCCUGCAAAGCUUAAGCUCCAGUUGUUUCCAAUUGAUGAACUUACUCAAAAAGACUUGGAGAGGAAUCAUCAUAACCCUUAUCUGGAGCUUACUUUGAGUACACGGAAGAAAAUAUCAUCUGUGGUGGAACAUCUGAAUCGCAAAUGGGGAAACUCAAGGUUGUUAGACUUAGAUCAAGAGCUAAUGCUUUUUCCUUACUGGGCACAGAAAGAAAACCUAGUGGGGUAUCAGAAGUGGAGUAAGGAAUCUACUCUGUGUGCAACUGAUGUAUAUUACCUAAUCGGAAGCCCUCCAGUAUUCCGCCUCAGAUAUGGUUGGUUUUCAAAAGCCGAGAUUGAAUCUGCAACUGCUCAAGCACUUUCCUAUGCUAAAAUUGAUGAGGCAAGAAAGCAGAAUACUGAAACUAAGAACCUAAGCAGUUUGUCCGAUUACCAGACUGCCUCUGUUGAACCAAUUAUCACUCUGACUCCCUCCGAAUCUACUCCAACUAUAACAGUUGCGUGUGAUAUCCCUGUAUCCAGUGUUAGUACCUCAAGAUACUCGAAUAGCACUGCAGUUGCAUUAUCACCAAGAAAUGCAAGUGGAGAUUUAACACAUACUAGGCAAGUUGAGAACACGAAGGAUAUUCCCAUGUCUGCUGGGGAAUGGGCUGACAGUCUUACGAACAUUAGUAUGGGAGAGCUGCUCUCUGAGUCAACUCCAAACACAGAUGCUAACUGCAGUGACAUUCCAGGAUCUCUAGGUUUAAACUGUCAGCAGAUUCCAUUCAGUUGCGACUCUUUUGAUGCUGCAAUUGCUGCUCACAUUUUUAAACAUCAAACCAAAGUCCACCAGCAGGGCCUUGCAUCUCAUGCACCUUCCAUCUUUGAUUCUGAAGAAACAUGUGAUGCCUUUUCUUUCCAGAAAACUAGUGCUUUCUUUCAUGAAAACCACAAUGCAAGUGUGAAUGGUUUCAAAGACACCCGUAAACAACCUACUAUAACCAGACCUUCUGUCUCUCACAGUGAAGUUGAGGAAUUGCCUGGAGCAGAAAUGGUGACUAAUAACAACCGCGCUUGUGAAGACCUCGUGGAUGAAUGUGAAUCUGAUAAUCCUAUAGAAAACUCCACUAAGGAUUUCUCUGGGCUCACAGAUAUAUAUUGGCCUGACUCUUUAGGACCGUUAGACUUGGACAUACCCUCCUGUAGAUACCAAAGCAACGAUCUAAUUCUUAGCGAUAGCCUCGGUGGUUUGAACCGCCUGAUAGCUAACAGUCUGGACGCAUUCCAGAGCUGCUCUUUCUUUGGCUCGGAGAAGAAAGAAGCUGCACCGAAAGCAGAAACUAACCAAAACACUUCCUUCUCGGAUCUCAAAAUCGGCAGUGAAGUUUAGAACUGUUUCAGAGACGAAAAGUAAAACAUAACAACUGUAAUCUAAAGCUUGUGUUGUUAGGUUAUAUGCCGCUGUAUAGAAAUCUCAUAAUAUCUGUAGAAUUCAGGACUCAGUGGCAUGUUGCUCGGAGAAUAAUUUUUUACCUUGUGACUUUACAACCUUCUUGUUAGUUAGUAAUUAUGUUGAUCCAUUGUAAUCUAAAAA